UUCUAGUUUUUCCGAGCGUCUAGCACUGGAGGCAAGCUCGUCAACAUUGACGGCGAAUGCUCUCUAUAUCGCCUAUGUUGGAUAUUAUCUAUUUUGAACUGCAGGAACAAAGUGUGGGAAAUAAUACAGAAUAAGACGACCAUGGCUCCUGCAAAUAUCCAAGAGUUCUUGACGUUCCUUCCUGGGUCACCUCGUCUAGGUCGGAAUCCGUCGACAAGGUCGACAACAGAAGCUUAUACCGCGCAUAAUAUCUUGAUGACUCCUGAAGAUCAACCAAUUCUCAGCCGACUAGAUCAUACGCUCAUUCCUAGACUGAAAGAGUUUAUCUCUUCGGCGGUCGUUGACUUCGAUAUUGGCGAUGUAUCUUGUCAGCCAAUGCAACAGGGUCUUCAGCUUAUGCAAGCAUGUCGAAUCGAGGGCGAAAACUACAUGAGCCUGUAUGGCGAAUUCACUCUUCACCGUGAGCCUGUUACGGACCUCGUGUGGCCGCAGAAAUGCGGCUGUUUUACUUUCACGCUUGUUGGACAAAACGACGCGGUCGAGGAGCAAGAUAUUCGAGUCUGCUCUGAUGAGGAUACAGUGUACUCGUCGUUACUUUCGAAGGCAGAGGAACUCAGCCAGUCGAUUCGCCUAGACGUCACUAGGAAGCAAGAAGGUGCCGCUGCUAUGGCCAUCAACCUUGCGUUACAGAUGAUUACUUCACGCGUAGAGUACGGCUUUUUUUCUUGCGGGUUCAUCGCAAUUGCCGCCCAGCUCGUCCGGUCUACCGAUGUGUCUCGCCUGGGAUAUAUCCUACUACUGUCACCUGCGUUCAGACUGUCCAUAGUCGUUGCAAUGACAUUCUCCAAAUUGCUUCCUGGUCGCCACAUCGCAAAUCCUCCUCCUGACCUCUUACGGCCUUGGCUAUUGGAAGGAAUACAAUAUGCAGAGGAAGGCCAGGAAGGUGACGAAGAAGAUAGCCAUGGCCGGGAUGAAGCAGAUCCAAGCGAUCUCCUAGCCGUUUCUUUACAAGUCGCAACUAAUGCGAUGGUAUUGCAACAUCCAUGGUUGCGGUCCAGCGACAUACAUCAUUCAUUUAGGGACCCUCAGAACAUUCCAACAGCCAGCCACAAGAACUCCGGCCUCAUGAUGGAAGACCCUCUGCUGUCUUUGCUGCAACAACAAUCACUGGUGCAACUCUGUCGCCGUUCUCCUCACGUUCCGUCGACAAACCUCAAGGUGGUAACACUCGUAAGCCAGAUUCGGGUCAGUCGUUGGAGCACCGUGUGGAAAUGCUGCACUGAAAGCCGCGAGGAGCCAUUUAUCAUCAAGCUUGUGUCGGAAACGCACUCGGACAUGAUCUGGAAGGAAUUCUACAUGUACGAAGUGGUCCUGAAGGAAUGUCCUCUUCUUCCCAGGUUUUAUGGGAUGUUCCAGAGACCUGUCGGCGGUUGGUUUGCUUUCUACCUCGAAGACGUUGGGGAUAAUCUGGAGACAAUGUACGGCCUAGGGUGGUCCGGGGUGAAGAGGUCUAUGCCCAAGAUGCAAUGGCAGGAAUUACUAGAGUCGGUGAAGCAAUUACAUUCAUUGGGUGUCUUGCAUGGUGAUCUUGAGCCACGAAACGUAGCUCAAACGGCGGAGGGAUUCAAAUUCUUUGACUUUGGACACUCGGAGUUGCAUCAUUGCCAGCCUAAGGAGUGCGACGAGUUACAAAAUCUAUUGAGCGUAUAGAGUAGUGGUGCAUAUCUGUUAUCGUUAUUUGAUUAUCGGUUUAUUUGCUGCACUCGUUUUCCUCUCGGACGAUCUGAUACACCGUACAAUCUAUGCCGCUGUAGGCAAAUUCUUCUUUCC